AGUGGGAAUACCACUAGGAAUGCCCAGGCCUUGGGACAAAAGAAGCAUGUAUAUAGGUAACCAUGAUGACCCGAGUUUGGUAGAGUAUCACCAGGAUCUCUCCUUACCUUGGCCUUCCAGCGCUGCCCAUCAUGCGUAGCUCAUUGUCACUCGUUUAUUUGGCCGUUGCUAUAGUCUCUGCUGUACCGGUCGCGGAACAUGAGAAGAGACAGAGCGCAGAGUUCGACUAUGUCAUCGUUGGCGGUGGCACCGCAGGUCUUACACUUGCGAAUCGUUUGUCCGAAGAUAGCACCAUGAAAGUCGCUGUGAUCGAGGCUGGUGGUCUCUAUCAGGUUACGAAUCCACUUUUGUCGUCGACUCCAGCUGGAGAUGUUUUGUGGGCAGGCUCUAGCCCUUUGGAUCAGAACCUUCUUGUGGACUGGAAUUUCAUCACAGCCCCUCAAGCAGGUGCGAAUGGUAGGAAGAUCAAGUAUGCCCGCGGAAAAUGUCUGGGUGGAAGCUCGGCGCGAAAUUUCAUGAUCUAUCAGCGGGGCGACCGUGGCUCCUACCAGCGUUGGGCAGAUCAAAUCGGCGACGACUCGUACACUUUCGACAACCUCAUGCCUUAUUUCAAGAAGUCGAUCAAGUUCACGCCACCCAACACCCAGCUUCGUGCAAGCAAUGGGUCGGCCGAAUAUGUCGCAAGUGCUUUCGAUGCCAGCGGCGGACCGCUCGAUGUGUCCUAUGCGAAUUAUGCGGGCCCUUUCUCAAGCUACAUGGAAGGUGGCAUGAAUGGCAUCGGCAUCCCAACCAGACCCGACUUCAACUCCGGAGAACUCAUGGGAGCGCAGUACUGCAGCUCCACGAUCACGCCUGGUAAUCAGAAGCGAGCUUCGAGUCAAACAGCGUUCCUUGAGGCUGCUAAGAACCGUCCUAAUCUCAAAGUGUACUCUUUGACACGAGCUGAGAAGAUUAUCUUCGAUAGUGAGAAGCGUGCCACGGGUGUUCAGCUACCCUUUGGCUCCAUCCUUACCGCGAAGCGAGAAGUUAUUCUCUCCGCUGGUGCUUUCCAAUCUCCCCAACUGCUCAUGGUCUCUGGUGUUGGUCCUGCCGCACAGCUGACGAAGUUUAACAUUCCCGUCAUUGCUGACCGUCGUGGUGUUGGUCAAAACAUGCAAGACCACAUCUUCUUCGGCCCCACCUACCGCUACAAGGUCCAGACAUUGACCAAACUAGCCAACGACCUUCUUUACGUCGGCGCCCAAUUCGCAUUCGACUACGGCCUACUCAAGAAAGGUCCACUUACCAACCCCGUCUGUGACUUCCUAGGCUGGGAAAAGGCUCCUCGAAACCUCAUCUCUUCAGAAGCUGCCGCGGUACUAGAUCAGUACCCUGCUUCUUGGCCUGAUAUCGAGUACCUUUCUGCGCCUGGCUAUAUCGGAGAUUUCUCCAAUCUCUUCGCGACUCAGCCAAAGGAUGGUUACCAAUACGCAUCCAUCCUUGGUGCUAUCGUGGCCCCCCUCUCUCGUGGUUCGGUUACCAUCACGAGCUCCAGCACAGCCCAGCUCCCUUCGAUCGACCCUGGCUGGUUGACCGAUCCUACCGAUCAAUCUGUCGCCAUCGCCAUCUACAAGCGCACACGCCAAGCUUUUGCUACGGAUGCCAUGAAGCGCGGACUUGCAGAUACGAAGGAGUAUUUCCCUGGUCCUAACGUUCAGACUGACGAACAGAUCCUCAAUACCAUCCGUGAUACAUUGAUGACUGUGUGGCAUGCGUCUUGCACAUGCAAGAUGGGAAAAGUUGAUGACCCUGAUGCAGUUGUGGAUAGCAAGGCGAGGGUUAUUGGUGUGACAGGGUUGAGGGUUGUAGAUGCGAGCUCGUUUGCCCUACUACCUCCUGGACAUCCUCAGAGUACGGUAUACGCGUUGGCUGAGAAGAUUGCGGAUGAUAUCAAACGCAGCUGGUAGAGACCUCGGGGUCUGUCGGGUAGGCACGCACGCAGCAUUGCGUAGUACGGUUUCAGCGCCAGGGUAGAGCAUCUCUCUGCCCAAGGAUAUACGGAACUCAAAUCAGCUUCCGAUGCGACAUGCGACGUCUAGUUCUUCGCUCCGCGCGAAAUUGUCUGUUUUGUGAUCGUGU